UGUCCAAAGCCCUUAGUAUUGUCUAGACCUUGUACAGCGAGUGCCACAACCAGGCUAGUUGAGCAGAAUGUGCACAAUGAAGCGGCUCAGGGAAUAAAUGGAAGUGUGCCAGUCAGACAGUCCCCACGUUCAGCUUCAAAUCCAAAGCCACAAGUGCCUCCAAAGCCAAUUCAUCUGCAGAAGGUGUCACCUGUUACGUACCAAACCCCUAGGCAUAAAGCUUUAUCAAAUCAGAAACAAAGAAUGGAGGAAGAGACACCCACCCCUGUUUCUAGUGUUGCAAAGGAAAAGUCCAGUAAAGUGUCAGAUCUCAUCAAUCGUUUUGAGGGAGGCAGCCCGUUAAAUCCUAGUGAUUUGAAGAAAGAUUCCUCAGUUCUCCACAUUUCUAAAUCUCAAGGAAGAUAUGGGUCAACACCAUCACCUCAGCCAAAACUCCUCUCCCAGCACCCACUACAGAAACAGGGAAACAGUAAUACCAACAAAACUCAGGUUGCACAGCUACACACAGCCAAUGGAGUAGUAGCACAAGACCAGACAGAAGAUUUUCCAGACAGGAAAUUGCCAGAUCAUGGCUCUGCUAUGUCCACCCUUGUUCCAGAUAAUGCCAUCAACAGUAACUUGAUAAAUGGAGAAAGUACUUCUAGAGAGUCAUUGCAAGGUAUGACUGCCUAUGAAGGACAGAUGCUUAACAGCUGCUACAGGACUCCAAGCAGUGAUACACUGCUACCGUCUGAAAAUGAUACUCUAGAAAUUAAUACUAAUGUGGAGGAAGAACCAGCUGAGGAAAUCAGUAAGCAAGAUCAACCUGUAGAAAUAAAGGAGACAGAUGAACAGAAACGUCACAAAAUUGCCAGCGAACUUCUGCAAACAGAAAAAGCCUAUGUUAGCCGACUUGACCUCCUAGAUGGGGUAUUCUAUUCAAGACUCCUUGAGGAAGCAAACAGAGGUUCAUUUCCAGCUGAAGUGAUUAACAAAAUCUUUUCUAACAUUUCAUCGAUAAAUGCCUUCCACAGUAAAUUCUUACUUCCAGAACUUGAGAAAAGAAUGCAAGAAUGGACUACAACCCCCAGAAUUGGAGAUAUUCUGCAAAAGUUAGCUCCUUUCCUCAAGAUGUAUGGAGAGUAUGUGAAGAAUUUUGAUAAUGCAAUGGAAUUGGUGAAAACGUGGACUGAACGGUCACCUCAAUUCAAAUUCAUUAUUCAAGACAUUCAGAAGGAAAAAGUAUGUGGAAAUUUGACAUUGCAACAUCACAUGCUAGAACCAGUACAACGCAUUCCACGCUACGAGAUGCUUCUAAAGGACUACCUAAGGAAAUUGCCUCAGGAUUCCCUAGACUGGAAAGAUGCUGAAAAAUCCCUGGAAAUUAUAUCCACUGCAGCAAGUCACUCUAACAGUGCAAUAAGAAAAAUGGAGAAUCUAAAGAAGUUGUUAGAGAUAUAUGAGAUGCUGGGAGAAGAGGAAGACAUCGUGAACCCUUCAAAUGAACUGAUAAAAGAAGGACAGAUCCUUAAACUUGCUGCUCGCAAUACAUCUGCUCAAGAGCGGUAUCUUUUCCUUUUUAACAAUAUGUUGCUCUACUGCGUCCCCAAAUUUAGCCUGGUAGGAUCGAAGUUCUCGGUUCGAACCAGAGUUGGCAUAGAUGGUAUGAAGAUUAUAGAAACUCAUAAUGAAGAAUAUCCACACACUUUUCAAGUGUCUGGAAAAGAGCGAACACUGGAGUUGCAGGCCAGUUCUGAGCAAGAUAAGGAAGAAUGGAUAAAGGCGCUUCAGAAUACUAUAGAAGCUUUUCAGCAGAGGAAUGAAACUUUCAGAAAUGCUAUUGCUAAAGAAUAUGAAGACAUGCCUGUUGAAGUUUCUAAUGCUGAGCUUGGGAAGAGAGCACCAAGGUGGAUACGAGACAACGAAGUAACCAUGUGCAUGAAAUGCAAGGAGCCCUUUAAUGCACUGACAAGGAGAAGGCACCACUGCCGAGCAUGUGGACAUGUGGUUUGCUGGAAAUGUUCUGACUACAAGGCACACCUCGAAUAUGAUGGCAAUAAAUUGAACAAAGUCUGUAAGGACUGCUAUCAUGUUAUAAUUGGUUGUACAGACAGUGAAGAAAAGAAGAAGAAAGGCAUCUUGGAGAUUGAAUCUGCGGAAGUCUCUGGAAAUAGCGUUAUAUGUAGCUUUCUUCAGUACAUGGAAAAAUCAAAGCCCUGGCAGAAAGCAUGGUGUGUUAUACCUAAACAGGAAGCUCUUGUGUUGUACAUGUACGGUGCUCCACAGGAUGUUAAAGCUCUGGCUACAAUUCCACUUCUGGGCUAUACGGUAGAUGACACUCCAAGAAGUGCUGACCUCCCGCACAGCUUCAAACUGACCCAGUCUAAGUCUGUGCAUAGCUUUGCUGCGGACAAUGAGGAACUAAAACAGAAAUGGCUAAAAGUUAUCCAUUUAGCUGUCAAAGGUGAGACAACAGAAUGUCAAAAUGAACUGCAAAUGAACUUAGAAGAGCAACCUGAAUCUUCUAAAACAUCUGAAUGCUGAAGCUCAAGAACCCAUGGCAUUUUUAAAAGAUUUCAGAUGAAUUUGUGGUUAAC